AAGUGUCUGCCAAAUGCGUGAAAUGAAUGUGGUGUUAAUGUCAAAAAGUGUAUAUUUUCCAAUAGCUAGCUAAUUGCAGUACAUCGUGGUGUUCAAACAGAUUAUACAUCUCUUUGUUGUUGUUGUCAGGCCAUCAUUGUAAGUGUUUCAAUGUGUACUGCGCUGGUUUUUAAGAAAUUCUGUCAGAUGCAAGAUUAUCAUCACUCUUUCGCGUUGCAAGGCUGUCAAAGUGUUGCCUAUAACUACAUUCCUUUAAAGGAGUCAUCGGAUGAAAAUCCAAAAUUUUAAGUGCUAUAAUCGGGUCCCCGGUGCAUCUAGCAACCCAGAAAAUGUGAAAAACAAGAUCCCAGUAAGUUUGUUUUGAUGAGCCUUUCCCUGCAAGCAUGUGAGAAAUCGAGCCGUUCAGAUUUCGCUCCUGCUGUGACGUAAAAGCAGGAUAAUAUAUUACCGCCCCUUAAUCUACACAAUUCCACCCACAGCGCUGCCGCCAUUGUUGUUUUCACAAGCGACAGUGGUGUACGUGACACCAUGGCUAAAGUUCGUGGACAACAUGCAAUGUAGUUGCUGCACAGAGUCCUAACCUCGGAAGAGACAGGAGUGGAUUUAUUUUAUUUUUAGUGGAAAUCCAUCAGAAACCAUAACUAAAAACCUGCUUGUUUGCACGAAUCACUUCAAGCCGGAGUGCUUUAUCAACCUGGGACAGUACAAGCUGGAUUAGCUUCAAAGUUGUUCCUCAAGAGGGAUCGAGACCAACUGAACGAGACAAAGCUGCCGAUACUCUAGUGCUCUGAAUUCUCCCCACUCUCAGCCCCCACCCAUGAGCUCCAUGGUGGGUCAUCCGUCCGUCAUCAGUUCUUCCCGCCCACUGCAGUCUCCCAUGAUCACCCUGGGCUCUAUGAAUGGGCUGGCUUCACCAUAUUCUGUCAUCACCCCGUCUCUCACCUCACCGUUGGGUUCCUUGCCUUCUACGCCCAGUAUGAGCUUUAACACUCUCGGCAGCCCACAGAUGAAUCCGUUGAAUAUGAACAGCUCAGAAGACAUUAAGCCUCCCCCAGGAUUGACUCCUCUGGGUAACAUAAGCAGCUACCAGUGCAGCAGUCCUGGAUCCCUCUCCAAACACAUCUGUGCCAUUUGUGGGGACCGAUCUUCGGGGAAGCAUUACGGUGUUUACAGUUGUGAAGGAUGCAAAGGGUUCUUUAAAAGAACCAUUCGAAAAGACCUGACCUACAAGUGUCGAGACUGCAAAGAAUGCCUGAUUGACAAACGUCAGCGCAACCGCUGUCAGUAUUGCCGCUACCAGAAGUGCCUGGCUAUGGGCAUGAAGAGGGAAGCGGUGCAGGAAGAAAGGCAGCGUGGGAAGGAAAAGAGCGAUAAUGAGGUGGAAUCGACGAGCAGCUUUAAUGAAGAGAUGCCUGUGGAUAAGAUUCUGGAUGCAGAACUCGCAGUGGAUCCCAAGACAGAGACAUACACAGAGAGCAGCCCUGGAAACUCGACAAAUGACCCGGUCACUAAUAUCUGCCAUGCAGCUGACAAGCAGCUGUUCACUCUGGUGGAGUGGGCCAAGAGGAUACCUCACUUCUCUGAUCUGCCGCUAGAUGAUCAGGUCAUUCUUCUUCGAGCAGGAUGGAAUGAGCUCCUCAUUGCUUCGUUCUCACAUCGCUCGAUCACAGUUAAAGAUGGUAUCUUACUGGGCUCAGGCCUCCAUGUUCACAGGAGCAGUGCUCACAGUGCAGGAGUGGGGUCCAUUUUCAACAGGGUAUUGACUGAGCUUGUGUCGAAAAUGAAGGACAUGCAGAUGGAUAAAACAGAACUGGGCUGCCUCAGAGCCAUUGUUCUCUUUAACCCUGAUGCCAAAGGCUUGUCCAACCCAGUGGAUGUAGAAGCACUGAGGGAGAAAGUUUAUGCUUCACUUGAGACCUACACAAAACAGAUUUACCCUAACCAGCCUGGCAGGUUCGCUAAACUUUUAUUGCGCCUCCCCGCCCUCCGAUCCAUCGGCCUCAAAUGUUUGGAGCAUCUAUUUUUCUUCAAGUUGAUUGGAGACACACCCAUAGACACUUUCCUAAUGGAAAUGCUUGAAGCACCCCACCAGAUUACAUGACAGGAAUACCACCUGACCAUUUUUGUACAUAAUACUAUGUAACUAAUAUAAUAAUAAAUGUGAUUCCAAAUGCAUAUUUUAUACCAAGAACAAAUUAUAAUCUGUGUAAUGUAUAGGUAAGUAAAAUAUACAGUCAAAAUACAUUUGUGACCCUGGAUCACAAAACCAGUCUUAAGUAACAUGGGAACAUUUUUAGUAAAAGACAAAAAUACAUUGUGUGGGUCAAAAUUAUCGAUUUUUCUUUUAUGCCAAAAAUCAUUAGGAUAUUAAGUAAAGAUCAUGUUCCAUGAAGAUAUUUUGUAAAUUUCCUACCGUAAAUAUAUAAAAACUUUAUUUUUGUGAGUGGAUGGUCUGCACAGUGCCCCUGAUUAACAACUUCAAAGGCAAUUUUCUCAAUAUUUGGAUUUUUUUGCGCUCUCAGAUUCCUGAGUUUUAAACGGUUGUAUCUUAGCCAGAUAUUGUCCUAUUUUAACAACUCAUAUAUCUAUAGAAAGUUUAUUUAUUCAGCUUUCAGAUUGUGUUAAAAUCUCAAUUUCGAAAAAUUGACCCAUAAGACUGGUUUUGUUGUCCAGGGUCACAUAUUAUCACUAUGGUGUUGAAAAGACAUUUUUCUCUGUAAAUAGCUAAUAUCAUGUGUACACUGCAAUGUCAAGACAAUGCAAUAAAGAUAAUUUAUUUUAUUCAAGAAAUAGUUUUGUCAAGCCCAGACAAUAAUUUCUGAAGUGAAUUUUAGAAUUCUGUCCAAAUAAAUAAUU